GCCGGCGCGCGCGCGCACGCGGUGGGGCGUGGCUUGGCGACUUGCGCAUGCGCCCGUCUCUUACGAGGGGGACUCCAGCGUGUGCAGGGGUGAGGUAGGCUGAAGAGGGAGAGGGGCGAUGUUCUGCCUGGAGUUUGGAUCGCUUGUGUGCAGAGAAGGAAAAAACCGAGACGGGAGGAGAGACGAAACACGGGGCGGGAGAAGCGAUGCGCGGCCAGUACCGGAGUUAGAAAAAAAAAAGAAAGAGCACAGAAAGAAAGAAAGCGCACCAGGCGGUGCUGGCGGGGGUGGUGGCAUGGGCGAAGUUGAGUCGGCAAAGGCCGCGCGGUAGUUUUGUCGCGCUCUCGGCGCUGUCGAGGAGCGAAGCGGAUACGGCCCGCAAGGCGAGUUCGGGCGCGCGCAACGUGCGAGGUUGGCGUUCGAGACCGCGCAAGUUCGGGAACCCGUGAACUGACUCCGACUCCGUGAACUGAACUGGCCCGUCUCUCAUUAUUCGCUACAUCUCGUUGCCCAACUACCACACUCCGUCAGCGUUUGUUCGACUGCAUUUUCGGUGCUGCGUUUGCGGAAAUGAUUUGGAAAGACAGGGAGCACUUGUCACUGGCGCUGUUCGAAGAGUUUGUCGCUGAGGCGGAGUGGCGAUAGUUUUCACUGAGGCUCGGGUGCUCUAUCUGUGCUCGCGACUGGUGUGGUUUCCUGGGGGUCUACGUCUACGAGUCAGUGUUUGCAAAAUCAAGGCAGGAAAGUGCUGUUCGAUAGUACAGAACACUGUAGAGCUGAGCAAUUUGCCACCAGAAACCAAGUCAGUAACCUUUGUUCGUGUGCGAAUCUCGUCCGACAUACCUGUUUUUUUUCUUCUAACAGCCUAAUUUGAUUAUCGAUGUGCUGAGCGUUCCUGCUUUGUGCUCGUCCCGGAGUUAUGUAAGGCACGAUACUCAGAACAUUCCGACAAAAGAGAAGUGCUUCAUCAUACUAAUAGUCAGUUCUAGUCUAAGGUUGUGCAAGGCCUCCUCUCCCGUCACUGAUGGACAGACACCGACGAAAUUCCUGCCUCGUGGCGCAAGCCGCAGUUCCGCGAAAAGGCUGACAUAGUUGGCACAGAGCACAACACCCCUACCUCUGUGUGGACCAGUAAGGGUGACUUACACUGAACUGGGACUGCCCACUUAUCAAUAGUUCGUGUAAGCGGAGUUGAAAGACUGCGAAGCACAUGAGCCCGACGACACCUCUGACUGACAUGAAUGCGCGCGUCUUGUCCGGGGUGCGUGUUGCUGUGGCAGCUGUGCUGAUUGUGUUUGCUCAAGGUGCCCGCAGCAUCCGGUUCGAGCGCGUGGACGUUCCUGGCGCGGUGAUCAGCGGUGAACCCGUCCUGCUGCUCUGCGAGUACAAUCUGGAAGGCGCCGAGCUCUACUCGGUCAAGUGGUACAAGAACAACGUCGAGUUCUACCGGUACCUACCCAGCGACGUUCCGCCGGGUCAGAAGUACGACCUCGUCGGACUCUACGUGAACUUGUCCAAGUCCAACCACAACCGGGUGUACCUGGACCGUACUGACCUCAACAGUGAAGGUAGCUACGGCUGCGAAGUGUCCACCGAGGGACCAGAAUUCCGAACAAUCAUCUUUGAGAAAGACCUUAACAUCUACGUGUUGCCGGAGCGUGGGCCCGUCAUCGAGGGCGUGCGUGGACGGUACCAACUUGGAGACGUCCUGAACGCCACCUGUAGGUCGAGGCCUUCCAAACCUGCGCCCUUCCUCAACUGGUUCGUCAACGGAAAGCUGGCGCCGUCCCACCAGGUGACACACAAGGGCCCAUACCGGCGCGCCAAUGCGUUGCAGGCGUCUGUGUCCACGCUGCGAUUCCAGAUCACGGCCCGUCACCUGGCUCACGGCUUGAUCAGGCUGCGCUGUUCCUCUUCAAUCAACAAGAACCACUCGCGAAGCAGCCAGGAACUGCUCGUGGGCACGCAGAGGCAUCUGGCUACCGAGAAAACUUACGAAGAGGAGAACGCACCGACAGUGACCGGCGUGAAGCCGUACUACUCGGUGGGACACACCAUCGACCUCAACUGCAGCGCUGUCAUGACAACCGAUGAGAUUGAGCUCGAGUGGUUCAUCAACGAUGAUGAACACAUGCCGAGCGGCUACCAAACACGUUACCCCACGAGCAGACAGCCCGAGACCGGCCUGCGCGAGACAGUGGUGCGCCUGCGCUUCGUCCUUCAACCGCGGCACUACCACAACGACGAGCUGCGGCUCCGCUGCACGGCCACCUUCUCCAAGCUGCUCACGCUCUCCUCCGAAGAGACGGUCCUCGUCGCCUCCCAGCAGACGCCUGGCUUCCACAUAGCCGAGAGCCGCUCAGGUAGAACCGCACCUGGCUGUGGAACGCUCUUCUGGACAGCCCUGGAAGCCGUGUUCGUCUUCUUCCUCUUGCGCUAACGAAUUCGAAAGCCGUGACGGCACAAUCUCAAGCGCACACUCGGACAGAAGAGAAUUCAGUGGCGUUUGGAUUAAUGUGUAGCAUCACCGUUGCUCAGGCUUGGCGACAAUCGCGGAUCCGAUGACCCCAGCUCGCCAAAUUCAGUAUCGGCGCAAGACAUGGCAGCUGUGCGCGUUCAGUGCGUCGUGCUUCAAACUGCAGCGCUGGGAUAACCGCUGUGUGUGUGUCUAUGCUACCGGUGGCGAUUCGUUUGUUGUUGUUGUUGUUCUUGUUGUUACUUUCCUAUGUUACAGUGUUGGUAAGCAGUUGCUGCGGUCCUGCUUCGACACGACGUGUUUGGUAGGCAUUUCUGUGAGAGCCGCGAUGUUGUCGCUGAAUAGUUAUGCAUCCUAGAAUGUGUACAAGUGGUGGAAACUGGUGACGUCUUAUCUUCGAGAGGUGAAGUGGCUGGACAAGACGCACUGCUGGUGUUUUUAGCAUAAUCCCGGUUGAUAAGCAGUUCAUCGAGGUAAGUAUUGGCGGCGAGGCGCUUAUAUUACGGUUCGCAUUCGUGAAAUCAUGUGCGGAACACCUGCUGGUGUCCCGUGGAAAGGGAACCCUGAGAAACAUUAUGCACACUGAUUUGCUAGUGGAAAACAGGCAGACAUCAUUUUAGUGGCAUGGUCUAAUGUCCCUUUGUAAUUUAUCAUUAAUGUGCACCAACCACUAUUUCUUUUUCAGGGAUCAUUCCUAUUGUUCAAAUGAUGAUAUGGGAGCAAAAGAAAGCCUUCUCUCCUUAUUUUUUUUCCGCUGAGAACCGAUAAAUUCAAUUAAUAAUUGUUCUGUGAACUAGGAUACAAAAAGAAACUUUGUUUUAAAGAAGUAGACAUUUCUUACUACGUUCGCACCAAUUUAUUCCUAUAAGACCUAUUCAAAGAAAAAGGCCCAUAUUCACAAAGCAUCUCUUACCUAAGUGUUCGUUGACAUUAGCCAGCUCGUAUAUGUCUCACAUAUGUAUUGAAAGUGUUGAAACAAUAAUGAGGCGAUAGCUAAUGCGGCAGCAAGUCAGAUAUUCAGUCUACGUCAGUGAGAUUUUACAAAUACGUGCCCACUUCUUUUUAUUCACCAAUAUGACACUACUUGGUAUUUCUGACCAUUCAAAUACAGAGUGUGCUUAACUCCAAUAAGUUCAUGUUUAGCUUCAUAUUGAUGUGAAGUAUGCAGAGCUGCCGUAAGAACGGUGGGGAGAAUUGUAAAAUUAUUGAGCUGCAUAAACAGAUUUUUUUUUCUUUGCGCACACAGUGAGGACUUCAUAAAGAUCACCCUUCAUGAGUUAAAAAGGGGGAAAUAUAGUGCUGAUAUGGUUGGAAAUGCAUAGUUUUUUUUUUUUUAAUGCAACGCCACCCACUUUGACCUGUAACGAAAGCAUGGCCGUGUAAGCAACGUUAGUUUUAUUAGUCAUUAUUCUUCCGGCAAGAAGGUUAGCUUGUAUCGUUACUAAAGAAGCACUCUAACACGCAGAAUCACGGAGACUGCAAAUAGAAGCUUUGACGUGUUCUAUUGCACCCUCCGUCAAGCUCAUUUCCUCAUUGGUUGCUAUUCCACCAACCCUGUACCUCUCCCUCCCCCCAACCCUGCCCCUUUUGAAUUCAGGGAUAGACGGCAAAGGAAGCAUCGCAACAAUACGAGGACAUGAGGACAUGACCCGCUAUCUCGCAGCCCGAACAGACCGAAGACAGCGGUGACACAAUAAAAGUGCCUCUACUAUG